CUUAUUACCAUAUCCUCCCCAGACACACUCAAGGAUCUUUUAUUUUGAUUCAAUUUACGCCUCUAAAACCAUCUUCUUCUUGACCAUUUACUAGCUUAGCUACCCCAAGAACAGAAUACGCUCUAGUUGCUUGAGUAUGGCGGUAUUUGAAAAAUGGAAAUUGUAACCGGACUUACAGCGACAGUCGGCAAACUAUUGCAAUUCUCUGGAUUGUUAACAAACAACGAUGAGUCUGGGAGUAGGAAUAUGGAAGAAAAGGCGUUAGAGGUGUAUGAUGUUAUUCGCUCAAUUCGGGACCCGGAGAAACCCAACACACUAGAAGAGCUGGAUGUUGUUACGGAGAAGUGCGUUGAGGUUCAGGAAAUUGGAGAAGAUGAGUACCUGAUUAUCAUUAAGUUCUCCCCCACUGUGCCCCACUGCUCUCUGGCAACCUUGAUUGGCCUCUGUUUGCAAGUGAAAUUACAGCGCUGCUUGCCAUUCAAACACAAGUUGGAAAUUUACAUUACUGAAGGAACACAUUCAACCGAAGAAGACAUCAACAAACAGAUCAACGACAAGGAAAGGGUGGCUGCAGCGAUGGAGAACCCCAACCUGCGGGAAAUUGUGGAACAGUGCGUUAUGGAACCUGACGACUAGGAAUAUUCGAGAGCAAUGCAAUAUGGAAACCUCACAACCAGUGAGAUUGUUCGGUAGUGCAUUACGAAACCUGUUUCUCAAGCGAGAUUCUCAUGUUUGUGUUUUAGAAUCUAAUGGGAAAGCAACUGUUGUUUCACACUCAGAACUUCAUGCAAUACUUUUUAAAUGAGACCAACGUUUCGGCUUACGCCUUCAUCAGGGUCAUGUCAUAUCAAACACACAAACAGCUGAGUGUCUUUAUGUAACAGCAUUGAUUAGACAGGUGCCCAUUGAGGGUGUGCCCCAGGAUUCCCAAGUGUGUCACGGCACUCGCUCUCAAUUGAAGUCCAUCAGCUGGCCUGGUGUCCCUAUCACAGGAAACGUUGCUACAUUGAAUUAUGAAACUUGUCAAGCAAUCACAGAUACGAAUACACUUACAUACAUUUUAACACUUCACAAUUCUGAUAACUUCUGUUUCAGAACCUGACAACUGAGGAGAUUAUGUAGUAUUGCAUUGUGGAAACAGUAGAGAUACUCUGUAGCGAUGCGUUCAGCUGUGUGACAAUAAGUGAGACUCUAGAACAGUGCAGUAAGGAACCUGACAUCGAGUGGUCAACUCACGCCAUAUGUCACUAAUGUACUGACUAUUGACAACAACCCACCUGAACGGCGUUCUAUUUUACACAUAGGAAAUGGCAGCGGUUUUCUGCUGCCUGUAAUUCUUUAAAUUGUAUCAACAGUAGAUUUUUAUCAUCCAUAUAAGUACGUAAGGAACAUUGUAUUAACAAUGCCUUAAGAAGUACAUUUUUGAACAAAAAUGCUGAUGCGCACAAAUGUUAUGGUUAUUUCUAUCAUGAUGAGUGGACUGAAAAAAAUAAUCUAAAAAGCUAAAUGAAUUCCAUUUUGGGUCGGGUAAUUCUAAUGGUUUGGUAGGCAAGGUUUGGCAUGUACAAUUUAUUCCAGCCUGUUGUGACCGUACAUGAGGUUAUAAUUCCCUAAUGUUAUACUGUACAGAAUUUCUGAAAAAAUUGCUGUUGCUGUAAGCUAAUUUUAUUAAGAAGUAUUGUACUGAAAUGUAACAUAUUUUAUUAUGUAUAUCUGAAGAUUAUUUUAGUAAAGAUGGCCAUUUCCUGUUA